AAUCUUUAUUUCGCCGGUCGGAGUAUCGUUCGUGCGCGUAAUGUCGACGGUUUAUAAAAAUAUAUGUCUGUAUAGUGAAAAGUGUUUAGAAUAGUUUUUUUGUGUGAUCAUCACUUCUGAUUUUUGUUUAGUUUGUGCAUAAACGAAGACCUGUGCUAAAGUGUUUCUCGUCCGGACUGUCUUGAAGCAAGUAAAAACCUGCAAAACAUGUUCCGUGUUCCGAAUAAAGCAAUAUUGUGCAACGGUUAUGCUUGUUCCUUUGUGAAGCGGAGAUUGACUGACAUCUCCAAACUAAGUUCCUUGGUCGACAUCAAUCCGGACGUCGGCGAGGCUCUCCGGACGGCACCGCAGUCCGUGGUUGCACUCGAGUCUACCAUCAUCACCCACGGUAUGCCCUAUCCCCGCAAUCUCGAGACGGCCCUUGAGGUGGAGGAGAUUGUUCGUCAAAAGGGAGCCAUCCCUGCCACCAUCGGUAUUGUGGGCGGUCGUAUUCAGGUCGGCCUCAGCGGCGACCGGUUGGAAAAACUGGCUAAAGCCGAUAAUGCUGGCACAAUUAAAACAUCCCGCCGCGAUCUAGCGUAUGUGCUGAGCAAUGGUUUGAACGGUGGAACAACGGUGGCCGGAACUCUCCUGGUAGCCGACAUGGUUGGCAUUCGGGUGUUUGCUACCGGAGGACUCGGUGGAGUGCAUCGAGGCGGACAGAACACAAUGGAUGUGUCAGCGGAUUUGGUCGAACUGGGACGAACUCCGGUCGCGGUCGUUUCCAGCGGGGUGAAAUCAAUUCUGGACAUUCCAAGGACGCUAGAGUAUUUGGAGACCCAAGGAGUUUGCGUUGCAUCGUUCCAAUGUCCGGAUUUGGACUUUCCUGCUUUUUACACACGGUCCAGCGGUUCGAAAGCUGCUUAUAAUUUAAACAAUGCCUUGGAAGCUGCCAAUAUGAUAAGCGUAAAUAGCGCACUCGGUCUGCGGUCUGGAUUUUUGAUAGGUGUGCCCAUCCCGGAGGCUUACUCCAUGGAUCCGAAGGUGAUGAGCGAUGUUAUAGAGCAAGCUUUGGUGGAGGCUGAAUCGUUGAAUAUCCGUGGCAAGGAGGUGACACCUUUUAUCCUUACUGCCGUGUCCAAGAUUACCAGAGGCCGGAGUUUGGAAUCGAAUAUUGCGCUGAUAAAAAAUAAUGCACGCGUUGCUGCGGAAAUUGCGGUCGAGUUGAUGCGGAUCGAAAAUAAUGGAAUUAUCGUGUCUAGUAGUAGUAUGGGAAGGGAUGCAUCGAAGAUCCGCAGUGAACGAGUGCCGGUGGUAAUCGGUGGAUCUAACAUCGACACGUCCAUCACGGUGCUGGAUCGCGAUUUAAAGUUCUACGAGCAAACUCCGAAGAAUCAGAACUACCUGAAAAGACCUCAGGGGCAGUCGUAG